AUGAAUAGCGCUCUUCAGUGUUUGGCCCACACACCUCCAAUUGUGGAAUACUUCUUGCAAGAUUACAGUGAGGACAUAAAUAGAGAUAAUCCUUUGGGAAUGUGUGGUGAGCUUGCUAUCGCAUUUGGUGAUUUGUUGAAGAAAUUAUGGUCAUCAGGAAGGAAUGCAGUUGCACCACGUUCUUUUAAGACAAAAUUGGCUAGAUUUGCUCCACAGUUUAGUGGUUACAAUCAGCAUGAUUCUCAAGAACUGCUUGCUUUCUUAUUGGAUGGGCUCCAUGAAGAUUUAAAUAAGGUAAAACGAAAGCCUUACAUUGAACUUAAAGACUUUGACAGUCGUCCGGAUGAUGAAGUUGCUGAAGAGCUUUGGAAUUAUCAUAAGGCCCGAAAUGAUUCUGUAAUAGUUAACGUCUGUCAAGGCCAAUACAAGUCAACUCUCGUUUGUCCAGUUUGCGGAAAAAUCUCGAUCACUUUUGAUCCCUUUAUGUACUUGUCUGUACCUUUGCCAUCAACACUUACGCGGCAAAUGACGGUUACAGUGUUUUAUUGCGAUGGAAGUCGUCUUCCGAUGCCAUACACUGUAACAGUGCCUAAACAUGGAUCUUGUAGAGACCUCAUUACUGCAUUAGGUACUGCUUGCUGCUUAGCCGUUGAUGAGAGCCUUUUACUUGCAGAGGUAUAUGAUCACAAGAUCUUUAGGUAUUUUGAGAAUCCCCUGGAUUCACUAAGUGUGAUAAAAGAUGAUGACCAUAUUGUGGCGUACCGGUUGAGUCAGAUUCCGAAAGGAUCAGGAAAAGCAAAACUCGAAAUCCUUCAUGGAGGGCAGGAGAGGGAUGUUGUGGAGAGUGUUAGAGGCAAAGACGUCAAGCUUUUUGGAACUCCUUUGGUGACUUAUGUGAACACAGAACCACUAAGUGGAACUGACAUUGAUGCAGUUAUCUCUGGAUUUCUUUCACCUUUGCUCAAGGUCCAUGCCUCAUCUAAUAUUCAUAAUGGAAAUGACAAUGGUCACCUUGCUGAUGCUACUGCUGAAGAAACAUCCGGAAGUUCAUCAUCCCCAGAUACUGAGAUAGACGAUGCAUCUGAUCGAGAGUUGUCCUUCAGAAUAUUCUUGACAGAUGAUCGUGGUUUGAACUUUAAACCACUUGAGACUGAAUCUUCUGUGAGCCCUGGUACCGUUACAAGAGUUUUAGUCGAGUGGAAUGAGAGUGAGCAUGAAAAAUAUGAUUCUAGCUACUUGAGUGAUCUUCCGGUGGUUCAUAAAUCAAGUUUCUCUGCAAAGAAGACAAGGCAAGAAGCUAUAUCCCUGUUUUCGUGUUUGGAGGCCUUUUUAGCAGAAGAACCUCUGGGACCGGAUGACAUGUGGUUUUGUCCGAGCUGCAAAGAACACAGACAAGCGAACAAAAAGCUAGACCUGUGGAAAUUGCCAGAUAUUCUUGUGUUCCAUUUGAAACGGUUCACAUAUAGCAGAUAUCUCAAGAACAAGAUUGAUACGCUUGUGAACUUCCCAAUUCAUGAUCUAGAUUUGAGCAAGUAUGUGAAAAACGAGAAUGGCCAGUCAUAUUUAUAUGAGCUGUAUGCCGUUAGUAAUCAUUACGGUGGACUUGGUGGUGGUCACUACACAGCCUACGCUAAGUUGAUUGAUGACGAAAAAUGGUAUCAUUUCGACGACAGUCAUGUGUCAUCUGUAAAUGAAUCUGAAAUCAAAAGCUCAGCUGCAUAUGUUCUUUUCUACCGAAGAGUUAAAAGGGAAACAGAGGCACAAACAGCUGCUGAGUUGCCAAGUGAUAUGGAUUAGUCAUGCCUAAAGUCUUAUAAUGGACAAAGCACUCACUCAUGUCAGGUGAUGACAACACAUCUAUUCUUUCUUGAUUUGAAGUUGGCGGUUUGGUUGGAGUGUUCUGCUUCAAGUUUUAUGAUGUUAUUACGGCAGAUCUCUGUGGAAAGAUUGGAUUUAGGUUCGGAAGAUUAUUUGAUUAGUGAGUUUUUUUAUUUAGUUGAAGGGGUAAUUUUUUGGGGUAAAUCAAGUGAUGAACAUCUUUAGAAGUGUAGAGAUGAAAUAGCCUUUGUUAUGGUGUUCAGCACUCAUAUAUAGAAUUUUUGUGACCUACUGAUUCAUUAUCUUAAAUAUCAAACCUCUUGAGACGAAAAAA